AUGGCUAUUUGGGAGGAAUUGGAUGAACCGACGGACGAAGAACUUCCCGGUGUUCAUCGAUUGUUCAGGAGCCGGGUUCGCGCGAUGGACAUCGCGCAACUAGUCGAAACCGGUCCGGUAGCAACCAGGAUGGAGGAUGGGCUCGACGGUCUCGGCCUACCAGACUCUAAACGCGCACGAAAUCACGGCCGCUGGCGAUGGAAUUACACACAGUUACGCUAG